GCGGUUCAUGUUUGAGGGGGCAGAGAUCCCUCUUGUCCAGUCCUGCGCCGUGUUCAUCACCAUGAAUCCUGGGUACGCCGGACGCACGGAGCUGCCUGACAAUCUCAAGGCACUGUUUCGUCCCGUGGCGAUGAUGGUACCUGACUACGCUAUGAUUGCUGAGAUCUCCUUGUACUCAUUUGGCUUCAGUGAUGCCAAAAUCCUCUCCAAGAAGAUCACCACCACCUUCAAGCUCUCCUCCGAACAGCUCAGCGCUCAGGAUCAUUAUGACUUCGGUAUGAGAGCGGUGAAGACUGUGAUCUCAGCUGCUGGAAACCUCAAGAGAGAAAAUCCUAAUAUGAACGAGGAGCUGAUCUGUCUGCGAGCCAUUCAAGAUGUCAACGUACCAAAGUUUUUACAGGACGACCUGAAGCUCUUCAACGGUAUUGUGUCCGAUCUUUUCCCAAAGACAAAACAGGAGCCAAUCGACUACGGCACACUGGAGGAGUCCAUGCGUGAUAUCUGCACCAAGAAGAACCUCAAAGAUGUGGAUGGGUUUAUUUCUAAGUGUAUUCAGCUGUAUGAGACCACUGUGGUGAGACACGGCCUGAUGUUGGUGGGACCCUCUGGAUCCGGUAAAACCAAGUGUUAUGAGGUUCUAGGUGCGGCGAUAACAGCUCUGAAGGGCCAGCCCUCUGUGAGCGGCGAUGUGUACGAAGCGAUUCAGAUAUAUGUCCUCAACCCAAAGUCUAUCACCAUGGGACAGCUCUACGGGGAGUUUGACCUGCUCACACACGAGUGGACAGAUGGCAUCCUCUCCGCUGUUAUCCGUGCAGGUGCAUCAUCCAUGGACACUGUGAAAAAGUGGUAUAUGUUUGAUGGGCCAGUGGACGCAGUUUGGAUUGAGAACAUGAACACUGUGCUCGAUGACAACAAGAAACUGUGCCUCAGCUCGGGGGAAAUCAUCAAGCUCAGUGAGGUUUCAUAA